AUGUUUCUUGCAAUCCCUGGGCCGGAAGCAUGGGCAGAGGCGGAUGCGGAUGAAAAUUGGCGAUGGGCCUCAGCAUGCAGCUCCGUUGACGAGUCACAGGCCGAGGAACCCAAGACUGAGAACCCUAAGACUGAAGCGCCCAAAAUGAACAUCUCACAAGAAUAUAACGAUGACACUCCUCGGGCUGGCCACAUCCUACUCACCUUUCCAGACGAACUAUUAAGCAACAUUUUGGAGCUUUCUGUCAUUACUCCACCGGAAAUCGGCUGGGAUGGGGAGCCCCGCUGGCCCUACAGGACACAGUACGAUGGGGUCUCGAUGAGGAAUGUCGCCCUCACCUGUCGACGAUUCAGUCAAAUCAUGGUGCCAUUCAUCUACCGUAGGAAACAAGCUCUCUACAACAUGAGGCUCAUCCCUCCCGAGCCCCGACUCGAACUACUGCUCCGGACUUUCCGAGAGAAUCCGUCGCUUGGCUUGUACUGCCGAGAGUUGUAUACCAAUGUCCGCGAACAGAAAUCCAAAGAUGAGCCAGACGAAGACUGCGGGCCAGCUGAACAGCUACCAGCUUUCGUGCCCAAUAUCGAACAUAUGUUCGUUCGUGGAGGCUUCAACAAAGACAGGGCAAAACAGACAUGGAAAUUCAUGAGGGAGUGCGCGAGGCAUAUGCAUCAGCUUGAGCGUCUGGACAUAGCCCAGCUGGGCAAGGACAGCCUUUCAGUGACCGAUUUUGUCGAAGUUUUCCAAGGACAAGCUUCCGCGCUAGAAUACUUGGGGGUUAUUGGCUUCAGUGCCUCGGAGUCGCGUUAUGAAGGGCUAGAGAUGCGCAAGACUCCAAAGCUAAAGGAAAUCGAUCUCGGUAGCUUUUCCGAUACUGCCGAAGGAUUAAGCAUGCUACUCAGCUGGCCAGAGGCUCUUUCCAAGUUCAGAAUCAUGGGAAGGGUCUACGACAAGCAUAAUCCCAUAGAUCUGCCUAUGGUGAAAGAAAUGUUAGUUCAGCAUAAAGACAGUCUUGUGGAACUGGAAAUCGAGCAUCUUCCCGACGAGAUCAAAGGAAAGCCUUUCGACUUCUCCGAAUUUUCUGUUCUGGAAACCUUAUCUCUAUCACGGUGGCACUUUGCAAGUUCCAAAGAGAAACUCCCAGAUUCCAAGCAAGUAUUCGAGGGCUGCCUCUCGCCACCAAGGCUGAAGAAGUUCAAGUGGAGCUUUCACAUGAUGGGCUCAGUAUGGCCGCAAUGGGAUGACUUUGGAGAGGAAGAGGAAUCGUGGGUUCGAAAACUUGCACAGACCGCGGUUGUCAGGGGGGAAGGUCGUUACUCCGAGACAUUCAAAUCGCGUUCCGCCCCGUGGAGCCUAAAGAUCAGAUAA